GUAAGACCAUCCAGUAUCUGAUCACCUCCAGCAUGACCACCCCCUGUCUGACCUCCUCCAGCAGGACCCCUCCCUUCUCAGGCAGCCCACGUGCAGGUCCACAUCCCCUCCUGGCUGCUCGGGGGUGGAGAGCAGCUCUUCUCCGCAGGACUCGCCGCCCUGACAGCUGCGCUCACACACGUGCAGAUGACGGUCUCGUGCGCGCGUCCGCGCCGCUCCGCUCGAGGUCCCGCCGCUCGCCGCUGAGAGACGCGCCGUCCGCCUUCAGCCGUACCAGUGAGCUCAACCACCUCCGCCUGCUCUUCGACAUGGACGCGACCCAAAACAGAAAGUACUGGUGUUACGGAACAGUCCACAUCUGGCUGUGUCUUUCUGCAUCACUCCUUGUACUCCUUCCAGUGGUGGACAGCAUAAAACAGAGUCUUCCUAGGGUCAAGCUUGGGUUCAAAGAAUUGGAGCUCUCAGGCGGCGCGUCCCUCUUUUUGGGCUCCGGCUCAAACUUGCGCUUCCAGAGCCUGCUGCUGGACGAGGAGCGCGGCAACCUUCUCCUGGGUGCCAAGGACCACAUCUACCUUCUGGAGCUGGACAACCUCAACAGGAACCCCAAGAAGAUUAACUGGCCUCCGCCAAAGGAGAGGAUAGAGAUGUGUAAACUCGCAGGGAAGAACGCGCACACGGAGUGUGCCAACUUCAUCCGGGUCCUCCACAGCUACAACAGGACCCACGUGUAUGCGUGCGGCACCGGCGCCUUCUACCCGCAGUGCGCCUUCGCGGAGGUCGCCGGGCGAGGGGAGGAAGCUACGCUCCACCUGAACACAAACAGCGUUGAGUCCGGGAGGCUCAAGUGCCCCUUUGAUCCCUGGCAGCCCUUCGCCUCUGUUAUGAAAGAUCAAUACUUGUACGCGGGCACCGCGUCGGAUUUCCUUGGCAAGGACACGGCGUUCAGCCGAUCCUUGGGACCCCCCCACGAUCAGCACUACAUUAGGACCGACAUUUCCGAGGAUUACUGGAUCAACGAGGCCAGGUUUAUCGCUGCCCAUCCUCUCGCCGACACCUUCAAUCCUGAUGAUGACAAGAUUUACUUCUUCUUCCGUGAGGCGUCCCGAGAAGGAAGCUCCGGCGAUAAAAACGUCUUCUCUCGAGUUGCUCGGGUUUGUCAGAACGAUGUCGGAGGUUUGAGGAGCCUGACCAACAAGUGGACGACGUUCCUCAAGGCCCGGCUGGUGUGUUCCAUACCCGGGCCGGACGGUGUGGACACCCACUUUGAUGAGCUGCAGGACAUCUUCCUCCUGCCUACAAGAGACGAGCGGAACCCCAUCGUGUAUGGAGUGUUCACCACUACAAGCUCCAUUUUCAAAGGCUCAGCAGUGUGCGUCUACAGCAUGGCCGACAUCCGCGCCGUCUUCAACGGGCCGUACGCUCACAAGGAGGGUCCCGACCACCGCUGGGUGGAGUACGAGGGGCGGAUCCCGUACCCGCGCCCCGGCACGUGUCCGAGUAAGACAUACGAUCCCCGGAUAAAAACGACUAAAGACUUGCCGGAUGACGUGAUCAGUUUCAUAAAGUACCAUCCCAUGAUGCACAAAGCCGUGUACCCUCUGACUGGGGAGCCCGUGUUCACACGCAUCAACGUGGAGUACCGGCUCACGCAGAUCGUGGUGGACCACGUUAUGGCCGAGGAUGGCCAGUACGCCGUCAUGUUUCUCGGGACAGAUGUGGGCACGGUUCUGAAGGUGGUCACCAUCACGCAGGAGGGUUGGUCCACGGAGGAACUCCUCCUGGAGGAGCUGCAGGUGUUCCAGGUCCAGUCCCCCAUACUGAGUAUGGAAAUCUCCUCCAAACAACAACAGCUGUAUGUGGGAUCCAGAGAUGGGUUAGCCCAGGUUUCCCUGCACCACUGUGCCCUCUAUGGGCAGGGCUGCGCUGAAUGCUGCCUGGCCCGGGACCCGUACUGCGCGUGGGAUGGACACUCCUGCUCCCGAUACAUCCCCGCGUCCAAGAGGAGAGCCAGAAGACAGGACAUCAAAAAUGGUGAUCCGUCAACUCAGUGCUGGGAUUUGGAGGAUGCCAUAGUGACGGACGAGGAGGAGAAGCUGCUGUUUGGGGUGGAGCACAACUCCACCUUUCUGGAGUGCGCCCCCAAGUCUCAGCAGGCCCACAUCCGCUGGUUCCUACAGAGGCCAGGAUCCGACCAUCGGGAGGAGGUGAAGAUGGACGAGCGCGUGAUCGAGACCGAGCUGGGCCUGCUGAUCCGAUCUCUGCAGCGGCGGGACGCCGGCGUGUACCACUGCAUGGCCCAGGAGCACAGCUUCAGUCGCACGCUCCUUCGCGUGGCUCUCCGGGUCGUAGAGCACGGUCAGGCGGGAGGCGGCCCCGUGCGGCCCGAGGAUCCGGUGGCUCAGGCGCGCCAGCGCUACAAAGAGUACGUGAAACUGAUGGGUGACCCCCUGCAUGGCGUGGACCAGUACUGCGAGCAGGUGUGGCUCCGCCAGCGCAAAUCGAAGCAGAAGAACCGCACCGGGUCGGCCAAGUGGAAGCUCAUGCAGGAGGCGAAGAAGAGCCGGAACAGGAGGCACCGCGUGUGACCCGGAACUGCGCGCGCAAGGGCAAGCGAGGCCAGGGCAGACCACACAAGGACUCCAUUCUGGUGCCAAAAGCAUGACAUGUCACGAGGCCUCUCCGUAUUAAAUUAGCUGCCUUCAACGGGACGUUGGAUGUCUUCGUAUCAGAAGAACUAGGUGCUUCAUAUCUAGUUCUUCUGUAUAUUAUAACAAGUGACGAAACUAAAUUCAUGUUGAAUAAUUGUAAAUAGUGCAGUUACUUGUACAGGUGAGCACACGUACGUGCGUACAAUACAUACAUAGAUGCAUUCACUCUGUUAAUAAAUAUUUGUAAAUCACAGGUCUUUUGCGUAACAAUUUUCCAUUAUUUUGUACAAAGCUAUUUUCUGUUA